UGUAAAACCUGCCUAGAAAUUACAGAUCAUGACAUUGUUGACGUUGGUCAAUCAAUCAGUGCUCAUAAACCAAGCAUAGCAAAAAAUUGGUCAUAUUUUAAACUCAUUUAUAAUUUCAACGAAAGCGACAUUCUGUUUGGAACAGGAUCUGCACGAACAAUGUCCUACCAAAAUCAGAAACUAAAUUAA